AUGGAGGAAGGCAAUGCUCCUAAUAUUUGUGAGUUUUGCGAAGCUUCAAGUGAAAUUAAACUAAAGUGUGUAAACUGUAACUUAUUCCUAUGUCGAGGUUGUCAUUUAAAGAUUCAUUCAAAGAUUAAAGCAACAAAAGAUCAUAUUGGAAUUGACAUUAAAGACUACUGUACCGAAAGUAUCGUGGAAAAGAGUAGAAAAGUAAAUCUUAAGCAGAUGUCAUGUGUAAAACAUACUCAAAAGACGUGUUUUAUGUUCUGUAGGGAUUGUGAACAGUUAAUUUGUUCAACUUGUGUCAUCGAUUCACACCAACAGCAUAAAUUAGAAGAGAUUAUUCAUGCCUACAAUGAAAAAGAGAGGACUUUGAAAAACGUAACGGUACAAAUAGAUAAUGAAAUUCCUAAAGUCGAGUAUCAUGCAACUAGAUUACGUGAAAUGAAAUAUACAGGUGAGAAAAAUUUCAUAGACAUUCAAUUAAAGAUUCUUCAGCAUGAAUUUGAUAUUAAAGAAAACAUUUCAGUCGAAGCCAAAACUCUACUCAAACAAGUAGAUGAUAGAUGGGAGGUUACCAAAGACUCUAUAAUCAGACAGAGAAAACAGAUACAGAAAAGUAUAGAGGAUUUAGAAAAGCAAAAGGCUCAACUGAAUAUAGUUUUACAUUCUAGACAAGCCGUUGACAUUUUUGUAAAGGACACAGAAACAUAUUGCUUGUUAUCAAAUACGUGUCUAAGUCAUGUACAAACUGAACAGUUUCGGUUAACUCCAAGUGAAUGCGAUUUAGAGGGCAUUGGGUAUUUACAAUGCAUUCAUGUAAACAAUGAAAAUCAAAUCGUAGUAGGGAGUCGAUUUGAGAAUGAAAGCCCCUAUGAAGAGGAGUAUUUUACUGGUAUGAUAAUGGUAUUCAAAUCAGUAGACAAUUGUUAUGAACGAACGCUAGAAGAGUUUGUUGAAGAACUACUUUUCAGCAAAAUAUUAUACCGUUUUCUUCCAGAUAGAAUCAUAUCUACAAAAGACAAUGAUUACUGUCUCAUUGUGAGAGAAACUUUACAUGAAAGAAAACAGAUAGCACGCUUCGAUGAUGAAUUUGGUUUCAAAUGGACAUAUGAUGGUUGUUGUGAGAAUGAUUUUUAUCCCAUAGACCUCACAGAGUCACCGACUGAAUUGAUAUUUGUUGUUGAUAGUUAUAAGGGUGGUGCUAUACAUGUUUUAAAUCGGGACGGCAAUGUCUUGACGUGUAAUCUCUUUGUGAAUGAAAACUUUCCAGAUCCUCUUUUAAUUGAUAUAAAUGGAACGGAAAUGCUUUUAAUUGGCUGUAAAAAAGCAAAGGAAAACCAGCUAGCACAUAUAGAUUUAUUCAAACUCAAUUGA